ACUCCCGUAUUAUUGUUGUUCAGAGAAAGACUUUCUGAAACACAAUUGGAUUAUGGAUAGCUUCCCUAAUUUUUUGGGGGUGAAAUCAGAAAAAAUAGAAGGAAAUGAAUUUACAAUCGACCGUAGUCUUAUUGAUUCAUUAAAAGCAAGUCCUUCUCCUCUUGACAUGACUUCAGUAUCCUAUACCUCCUGUGCUGCCACUACGGGGUUUUCUGAUACUGGUAUUGCUCCACGCUCAGCUCCUUAUCCAGUUGCCUUAUACCCAUGUUCUGGAAGAGAAAGAAUAGGAGAAGAAUCUUGUCAACCAAAAUCAAGCACAUCGCCAGUUCUUAGUCCAUCACACCUAUAUACAUCCUAUUCUGAACCAAAUGGAGCAGGUGUGUUUAAAACUUCAUCGCCUCUUCACUUCUCCUCUGCAUAUCCUAUGUAUACUUCUAGAUCUGAAACAACUGAUACAGGACUUUCAAGAGAUUGUGCCCGGUCCUACACUCCCUAUCCCCGUACGAGAAGCAAUAAUAUAUCUCGCCAUCUGAAUAGUGGAAGUUAUGUAACUUCAUAUAGCCCACCACACUGUGACAAUCGAAGUACAUCAUCCAUUGCAACUACUAAUCUGCUACACAGUUCUAGCACUCCACUUUUGUCGAACUGCAUCGAUGAUCCUGAAAGUCACACUUUACAUCAUACUACUAAUGACUGCAACGAUGAAGCGAGUCACUCUAAUAACGAAACGGGCAUGACAAUGAAUGUGGACCCAGUAGAUCCAACAACAGCUAACAGCAGCACAUCCGAGUGUGAGAAUGAAAGAAAAGGUAUCAAACGACGGCUUUCUGAAUCAAGUGAAGAAAACACCUCCAUUAAGAUCAAGAACAGUCCCUCUAUAAGUGAUUUACGCCAGCCUUCUCUAUGCUCUGACAACAAAGCGAUGAGUUUAAAUACAGCUGAUCCAUUCAAUGUCGACACUAAGCCAACCAAUCACAGUGGAUCAAUCAUUGUUCAACCUUUUGGUGGUAACUCAAAGUCUAUGAAACUUGGUGCAGCUAAUGUUUCAAAUUCUUCAAAGGUUCAUAUAAAUACUUCUUCUUCUGGUGGCAUGUCUGGAUCAGUAAAACAGGAGCGUCCACCUUUCUCUUAUGUCGCAAUGAUAAGGCAAGCUAUAUUAGAGUCUCCCAGUAAAAGGUUGACUCUUCAAGAGAUUUACAGUUACGUUUUGGGCACUUUCCCUUACUACAAAAGCAAAGAUGGUUGGAAAAACAGCAUCAGGCACAACCUCAGUUUGAACAAAUGUUUUAUUCGUGUGCCGAGAGAAGGAGGAGGUGAAAAGAAGGGAAGUUUCUGGACGUUCGAUCCAGCUUUUAACGAUAUGUUCGAGGGCAAUAAUUAUCGCCGACGGAAGCGCAUGAAACGGCCAUCUCGAGAAGGCGUACACGUCCAGAGUAGUGGAGCUUCCUUCACUCCAACCUUUACUCCGACCUUCACACGUCCUUACGCGCAUACGUAUUUGAAUCCUAGCGAUUUCUUGACUUCGGAUUACCGUUCGGUAGCAUCUACAGAGAGAAAUUGGCCACUGGCCCAUAUGCAGGGUUCAUCUCAACUUCGUCACUCGGGAAGGUCCAGUCUUGCUUCUUAUCCUUCGUGUCAACGCAUGCAAGCCCAAACCUUACACGUCGGAUACAUGCAAUCAUCGCAAAUGGAUCCCUCUAUUUCAACAUCAACGCAAUCUUCCAUCCCGUUACCUGCUGCCUAUCCAGCUCACAGUUAUGUUCCUCCACCAGCUGCCUUCCCUGGACAUUAUCCGACUCAUUGUCUUCGUGAAUCUGCAUGCUCGACCCCCCAGAGCCGCUAUCAUCCUUACUAG